ACAGAGCCGGUCCAAUUGAGUGUGCGGUUCCAUGAGAGCCGAACGUCUACUGAGGACGUCUUGCUGGACCCGAGUGUGAUACCGGGAAUCAAGGAGGGCGCCGUGUGCGAGCUGGAGUGUUUAGAAGGCUCCGCUCGCAAAUUCUAUUUUACGUACAAGCCGUCUGAGGUUUCACUGGGAGGAUUAGGCAACAACAACUACAUAUCGCUGCAGUCAGGGCCUUUGCAACAGCUGCUCGACCUGAAGCUCCGGAGUCAGGUCUUGGUGCGCAUCAAGGCGCCUGAGUUAGUGGAGGCAGAUGUUAUUGAGGUGUAUGUCAAGGACAUGCAUCUGUCGCGGGGAGACAUGUGGAAUUUGUCGUCCAUUCUGACCGAGAAGUGUCUUUAUCGAUCCCAGAGACUUUCUUUUCUGCAAGGCUCAAUCCGGGCUACCGUGGGCAAGAUAUACAGAAAUGGCCGUAAGGUGUUUUCCGGCUAUGUUGGCCCAGACACCAAGAUAGUUUUCCGGUCGGAGUCGGCACGGCUGAUUGUCUUCAUACAGAUAUCCUCUGAGAUGUGGCACUUCGAAGAGAGCGGGCAGCAGAUGUUCCACAAGCUGGUCAAUUCUCUGCUGCCGCGAAUAUUCCAGCGCUGGAAAGACUUGGGCACCCAUCACCUGAUCACCGUCGUUCUAUUCAGCAGCGUCGACCUGAAUACAGAGACCAACCGUUACCGUGCCGGAGAGCAGCCAAGCAACCGGAAAGAUUAUUACCGUGUGGUUGUGGACCAAGUGAGUAUUCUGCUCUGGAAUGAGAUCAUGGCCGCUCUUCGCCGAGAGUUUGCCAACUUCUCCAAGGAUAUCCGCUUGCGCAAGAAUCCCCGUCGCACGCACCUUCAUCCCGAAGAGUAUAUCAUCGAGGGCUCGUUCCUGCCCUCUGUGAAAGGUAAUCUUCUCGAAGCCAUUAAUCUGGGAAUGAGUUUGGUGAGUGACGAUUUCAGAGACCCUGAUCUGCGGCACACCACCAACCAUUUUCUGGUGAUUUCUCCGGGGACCGGCAUUUUCGACACCGAAUACGACAUUCUUGUGCAAACGAGCAAGCUGAUGACGACUAUCGACGCGACGAUAGAUGUCCUCUGUCUAUCGCAGCCGCCGCUCCAUGUCGUUCCGCUGGUGAGGUAUCUGGACAGUCAAAAGAAACUGAAACAUUGCAUACCCAGCUGGAUGGACAUUUCUUUCUGGAGCGAUGCUACGCAGGCGGUGCACCAAUGGCUCCCACGGUGCAAGAUUUAUGAGCUCCAGAUGAUGGGAGUCAUGGAAAACGAUCUCAGUGCCAUCAACGUUAGAGAACUGGUAUUCUCUGGUGCUGCUUCUGUGCAGGAGGCGAUGGAUGAGUAUGACGGAGAGCUUUUCGGGAUCAAAACGAUUGCUGCUCUGCCUAAAAAAACUGUUUCCCGCAUGAGACAGCCGGUCAGGGCUGUGAGUGCCGGAGUGCGAAGCGGGCUGGAGCCUCCGGACCUCAACACUUUUAAGGCCUCGUCACCCACGACGUCGACCGUGGUCGGUGUGACGACGACCUCAAAGUCCAACGUGAGUGCGUUUUCGUCAUUGCUUUCCAUCACCAAGACAGAACCAAAAAAGACGUCGCCAAAGGCGUUUGAGUUCGUCAAGCGCAUUAUCUCGUCACCUGGCGUGAAGUCGAUUCCCCUAAAGAACGACGACGAUGUGCCAAAGCUCGACACGAUCUCUGUCACCGAUCAUCGUCCACGGAUGAGCAAAAUGAGCUCUGAUCCGUCCCUGAGAAAAGCUCCUGCCCGUGCCCACAGCACGACCGAAGAGCGCGACAAGUCGCGCCACGAACGCCAGGAAAAAAACUCGCUUCUCAACAGCUACUGGACCCAGGUCGAGAACCCGUCAAAUGCGGAAACUAGCGAGCUAUUGGGCAUGGUGUCGUACGGACGGUGGCAGUUUGUUUUUCCGCAGAACGUGAAGCGGAAAAGCAUAAAAUGGAAGUCCAUUUCCACGCCGGCUUCGCUCCCGCUGAUGACCCCUGUGUUCCCAAGCGUUUCUGACUUCAACCAGAACUUCACCUUCAGAAUAUACGACGUGUUUCUGAGCCAGGCAGAUGUUAACGAGGGACGCAACAGCGAGACGCUGAUGCGCAAAAUGAUCUCGCUGCGACUCACUUUGGGUUUCCAGAUCUGCGUGUCAGAAAACGUGGCCAAAGUCGAAAACCAGCGCAAGCCUAACGGAGACUCCAAGCUGUUAGUUCGGUAUCUCAGCAAAAAAAAUUAUCUUGGCUCCCGGUUGUACCUCAGUCUGUCCAAUGAAAUACACCGCAUCAGCUGCGAUUUCGACGGACUGGUAAAUGUCCAGGUAUACAAGCGGAUGAGCCGGCCGGAUGAUGUGCUCACGAGGUCGUCGCGGUCGGACUACAUGCCCUACGUCCGCACGCGGUACUCCCAGGAGUACAAAUCUAUGGUGAUACAUGCGUUGCAAGGAGAGCCGAGAAAUUACAACUGGAACCAGCUGGACCAGCUGCUGGCCGGAUACGAGGAGACCGUGGAGCCUGCGCAACGGCGCAGCCACCGUAUCAAGUUUGUGAUUCUACCUACGGAGAUUCCGUCCAACGCGUUCAACUUGGCUUCUGAAAAGCUCACUCCAGAGGAGAUCCGCCUGGAAGGUAUACGCUCCUUGAUUUCCAUCAUCAGCAGACUGAAAUAUCGCACGGCCGGCGAAAAGACCGAGCGCAAGAGACUCGAGAUCAUCCCGGAGAUCAAUUUUUACACGGGAAACUUGUUUAGCUAUUUGAGAGCAGUUUCUGCGCAAUUAUCUGAAGAAAACAAGACAAGCUCGCUUUUUCAGACAGCCAGAUUUGACCAAAAAGUCAGCCAUUCAGAGCUCAAGAAAGCCAUCGAGGGGGACAAGGGCAUCCAGGUGGUGGACAGAAAAUGGCAUUUGAGAACGCAUUCCAACUGUUUCCUAGGAAUGGAUCUGGUCAGCUGGAUGAUAGAAAAUUUUGAGGACAUAGACACUAGGGAACAGGCUGUGGAGUACGGUAAUAAGCUUAUGGAGCAGGGUCUUUUCCGCCACGUUGAGUCCAGACACAGAUUUCUGGACGGCCAUUAUUUCUACCAGCUCAUCAACGAGGACUCGUCUGCGGGCUCUGCCAAGUCGCCUGCGUCUCUGCGCAAGUCAGAAACUGAGAAAAAUAGCGAAAAAUCUGUCUCUUCAAGCCCCACAGAGGAUUCUGGAUCCAAGAAACGCGUUGUUCUGAGUCGUAAGGUUAUAUGUGACCUCGACCCCAACGGUGUUUCGUGGCAGCCAGAGCUUGUCACUGUCCAUUACGAUAUAGUGCACAACCCAGAGCACUGUUUCCAUGUGCGGCUGGAGUGGCUCAAUAACACCUCAAAACUGGUGGAAGAUACGGUCAACAGCUGGGCCAAGCACUGCGAAAGGUACGGAUUGACUCUCGUCGAGGCUCCGUGGCAGGAGCUUUGCACGCUGCCGACACGCAACCCGUUGCAUUCGACGGUGGACAUUUCGCUGGCCUUCGAUCCUUGGACAGAUCCCGAAUUUGCAGGCGAUCUUCUUAAGGAGAACAAAUACUUCUACCACCUCUACAUCGUUGAGAAGUGCGGCUUCCUGCUGGACAAUCGCACAGCUUCGUAUUUCAGGGACGACGACUUUGACGUGGUUUAUUCGUGGGGAAAACCAAGUUUCAAGUACGCGCAGUUUAUUCACAAGACCGGCGCAUACAUUGCGGAGUUACGAGAGAACGGGGGUUUCUUUUUAGCUCCAAACAACGCCCAUGUGGCCCGCGUGAAUCUGUCUGUCAGCCAGCAGGCGAAAAACCAGAGAGUGUACCUCGAUUCUCAGGGUGUGAUGCUGGACUUCAUGUCGAUCUGCCAGGACAAGAACAAGCUUCGUAGGCUCUUCAGAGAAGCCAAAAGAAGAUACGAGUUGAGCAAGGACGUGGAAAUAGCGCUU